GCAGGUCCGGUCGGCGGGAGCGGCGCAGGAGGUGCGUGGCUGGCGGGGAGCCUGUGGCCAAGGCACGGGGGGAAGCUUGGAAGGCCCAGCCCUCCCCGCGGCAGCCCCGGAGGACUUUGCCCCGCAGCAGAGCCGUGCGGGGGCUGUGCUGCCCGCCCACCCCGCGGCGAUGCCGGCAGCUCCCCCGUGAGCACGCCAUGGCAGACCUUUGCAGCGUGCCCCCCGAAAUCCUCGUCCCGGCCACCAACGAGACGCUGGAGCUGGCGCUGGGCAGCCAGGUAACCCUGAACUGCACCGUGCGCUGGGCAGCCACCCAGCCCUGCCAGCACCUCCCUGCCUGGGCCAAAGAUGGGCAGCCCCUGGACACCAACAGCAGCCAGGACACCACUUGGCUCGCCCAGAAUGCCUCAGAGUGGCUCCUUGGCAGCGUCCUGCAGCUCAACCUCACACACGACUCCGACUUCGGGGUGUUCACCUGCUGGGUCAGCAACGCCACAGCCACCUUCACCCUGCGGCGAGUGGAGGCAGCAGGGCAUGCGCCUGCAGUGCUGGCAGCCCUCCUGGUCCUGGUGCUCCUGGUGCUCCUGGCUGGGCUUUAUGUCCGGUGCCGCCUGAGCCUGCUCCUCUGGUACCAGAACCGCUAUGGCGAGCUGGAGAUCAAUGACGGGAAGCUGUACGACGCUUACGUCUCCCACGCCACCGCCCCGGAUGACCGAAAGUUCGUCCACUUCAUCGUGAAGCCACAGCUGGAGAACCGCUAUGGCUACAAACUCUUCCUGGACGAGCAAAACAUCCUGCCCAACUCAGAGCCCUCGGCCGAUCUGAUCAUGAACGUGAGCCGGUGCCGGCGGCUCAUCCUGGUCCUCUCUGUCGCCUACCUGGAGCAAGACUGGUGCAACAGCAGCUUCAGGGAAGGGCUCUGGAGGCUGCUGGAGCUUUCCAAGAAACCCAUCUUCAUCAUCUUUGAGAGUCAGCACCGGGAGAUCACCCACCCUGCCAUCAGCCUGCUGAAGCAGUACCGAAACGCCGUCACCUUGCUGGUGUGGAGAGCUGGCUCCAUGACCCCCUCAUCGGACUUCUGGAAGGAGCUGUGCCUGGCCCUGCCCCGCAAGAUCUCCUCCCAGGGGACCACAGGGGACCCGCAGACCCAGCUGCAGGAGGACAAGGACCCCAUGCUGAUCCUGCACAGCAGCUACCUGGACAGUGGGGGAGACCUCCACCCAGACGGGGACCUCGGGACAGGCCUCCGAGGGUAUGUUUUUGGGAGCCCCCUGCCUCCUCGCCUCCGUGGCCCCCGCACUCCCAUGGCCUCAGCUGCCAGCACGACAGAGGACACGCAGCUGAGGGACAGCCACGAGCUCGAUGUCUCAGACCUGGGGUCACGCAACUAUGGUGCCCGCACAGACUUCUACUGCUUGGUGACAGAGGAUGACAUCUGAGCGUGGCCAUGGGCCAGCACGGGUGGCAUCCCCCAUCCCUGUGGGGCUGCAUGAACCCAGAGGAGCCCGAGUGUUAUGGUGGCACCAAAGCCAAGGUCUUGGUGGGAAAGACAGGAGCUGGCUCCUUCUGGCAGCAUGCUCCAUGGUGGAAAACCAUCACCAGGGGACACCCCUGCUCAUACUGCCUGGGCACCCUUGGGUGUUGUGCCCCUUGCCAUGGGCCCCAGGAAAGGUUUUCCUGUGUGAUGGACAAGUGUUGGGAUGGGUGAUGCUCCCCGAGAAGCAACACACCCAGUCCCAGCAGCCCAGGGGCCAGGUAAUGCUGGGGCGGGAGUGGCUGCAGCACCCUCCCUCCCACAGAAACCCCCCUGGCAAUAAAAAUGCUGCUGCUCCCAGAGGGUCUU